UUAUUCAUCCACAAAAUAUUAGAGUAUAUCGGCAUGUCCCUUGUCGUAGGGCGGGUGAUAGGGGAUGUCGUCGAUCAAUUUACACCAAGCGUGACGAUGGAUGUAGUGUAUAAUCCCCAGUGCCCGGUCUUAAACGGCCAUGAGAUCAGGCCUAAUCUCAUUGCCACUAAGCCUCGUGUUAAUAUCGGCGGUGUUGACAUGAGAUCAUCUUAUACUCUUAUCAUGACUGACCCGGAUGCUCCAAGUCCAAGUGACCCAUACUUGAGAGAACAUCUUCAUUGGAUUGUCACAGACAUUCCUGGCACAACUGAUGCAACUUUUGGAAGGGAGAUUGUGAGCUAUGAAAAACCAAAGCCAGUGAUAGGAAUCCAUCGCUAUGUGUUCUUAUUGUUCAAGCAAAGAGCUAGGCAGUCGGUGAGGCGACCAGUUGCGCGAGAUCGAUUCAACACUCGUGCCUUCUCUCAAGAAAACGACUUGGGGCUACCUGUUGCUGCUAGCUACUUCCUUGCUCAACGAGAAAAUGCCCCCCGCCGAAGAUAAUUCAAUUUCAUUCGUAUAAGAUGAAAUCUUAUAAGGCUAAAUAAAACAUGUAAGCUGUGGCUUCCAUCAUGCAUUUUACAAUCUUUCUAAGAUAUGUAUUUUGCUUCCUUGUUUUAAGUGUGUUUGUAAUGACUUGAAGCAAAUAAAUUUAUUGUUUAAUGAAUGUUUUAAACUUGUAAAAAUAUUUAUUGUUUGAUAUUUGUACUAACCAUAUUUUUAAAUGAAUAACAAUAACGAGUUGUUAUAUUUUAAGAUGGCUAUACUAAUAGAAAUACA